GCACAGAGCUCGGGGGUGAGGGGGUGAGCCCCCUGUUUCCGGUUUGCGCCGGAAAACUCCGUAUCGGGGCGGGAACAUGGCGGACAGCAGCAAGGGUCGCGCCGCGGCGGCGGCCGGGAGGGGCCUGGUGGCGGAGCAGGUGGUGGCGCGGUUUAACCAGCUGCGCCAGGAGCAGCGCAUCCUGGCUUCGAAAGUGGCGGAGUUGGAGCUGGACCUGAACGAGCACAGCCUGGUGAUCGAGACCCUGCGGGAGGCAGAUCCCACACGGAAGUGUUUCCGGAUGGUGGGAGGCAUCUUGGUGCAACAUACGGUGAAGGAGGUGUUGCCGGCGUUGGAGAGCAACCGCGAACAGAUCACGAAGGUCACAGAGUCGCUGUCGCGACAGCUGCAGGCGAAGGGUCGGGAGCUGAGCGAAUUCCGGGAGCAGCACAACAUCCGCUUGGUGGGCGAAGACGACCCCAAACACUCCUCGAAAGAGGGGGCCGAGGGGGGGGCCAAGGGCGGCAGUGCCGGUGUUUUGGUCUCCUGACGCCCCCCCCCCCGUUGUUAUUUACUGUUUGCUCCUUUCCCCCCAGUUCUCUUCUUUGGUUAAAUUAAACUCAUUU